CUGACAUGGAAUCCCAGAAGGAAAUAGUUUUCAGGAUUCAGUAUUCCAGUGAUAAAGUGGGUAGCUUGAUAGGCAAAUCAGGGACAAUCAUUCAAGCUAUUCAAAACGAAUCAGGUGCCCAUAUAGCAAUUGGAGCUCCCGUUUCUGAUUGUGAUGAAAGAUUGAUCACCAUUUCUGCAAUGGAGGUUUCAGAGUCACGAAAUUCGGAUUCACAAAAUGCAGUGAUUCUUAUAUUCAAUAGGUAUGUGGAGUCUGGGUUUCAAAAGGGGAUGGAUAUGACAUCAUCAAGUGGGGCCCAGGUUUCUACUAGACUUGUGAUUUCACAAAACCAAAUGGGUUGUCUGUUGGGUAAAGGUGGGUCCAUAGUUGCAGAUAUGAAAAAGAUGACUGGUGCUUUUAUAAAGAUAGUUGGUGCUCAUCAAGCUCCUAAGUGUGCCCUUAAAACUGAUCAAGUAGUGUUGAUGACAGGAGAGAUGAUAAAUGUAAGAGAUGCUUUAUACAAUGUUACUGGAAGACUAAGAAACAACUUAUUCUCAAAUAGAAUGUCAAAUAGCCAUGGAACUGGAACUGGAACAACAAAGGGUACAUAUACACAUCAUCAAUCUUCUGUUGCCAUGUCACAUUAUCCUAAUCAGCAUAAUACUAAUUUAACUCAAGCUAUGGAUAAUCUCAAACUCUCAAGUAAUAGCAUAGAUCGUCCUCUGACACCUGGAAAAUGGCACCUUCCGGAUAUUAGCACAGGGUCAACUUCUGUAGGUAGAUCUGCCGCUAUAAUGAGUAACAUGAGUGUGGAAAUUCUAGUACCCCAAAGUGUCAUUGCUUUGGUUUAUGGGGAGAAUGGAAGCAAACUCACUCGUUUAAGACAGAUUCUAGGUGCAAAAUUUGUAGUGCAUGAGCUACGUUCAGGAACAAGUGAUCACAUUGUGGUUAUUUCGGGUACUCCCAAUGAAACCCAAUCUGCUCAGAGCCUCCUUCAAGCAUUCAUACUUGCAGAUCAAUCAUAA